AUGUUUCAACCGUUAUCAUUAUCAGGUCGUUCAAAAACACCAUCUCCUUUCUUGAUGAAUGCCUUCGGUGUUGAUAAUACCGCAUCAGCGAUGGAUAUAUUAUAUCGAUGGGUACAUGUAUUCGAUUAUAGCCUUAAAAAAGAAAUAAGAAUUAUAGGCUUUUCAACAGAUGGUGACAAUAAAUAUAUGCGGGCUAUGCGAUUGCUGGCUGGUUUCUUUGCUUCUUUGUCAACGUUUCGACCACAUGAACAUCCCGAUGUAUUUCAGAUAAAAACAGAAUAUCGUUGGCCAUGGUUUUACCUACGCAAGCAAUAG